UUGGAAGUUUGAAGCCAUUGCCAAAUGAGAAAAGAAAGAGAAGAAAGAUUAGCAAUUCCCUGAGGAGGAAUUCUCCUCAUAAAAUCCAUCCCCAACGACAUCUGUCUCUCUCUCUCUAUAUCUCUUUUUCAUUGUAUUGCUGUGUAAAAACAACCACCAAAAUCCCAAUCCCAAUCCAACCCAUCCCCCACCUGUUCUUAUAACCUACCAAGAAUCAUAACUGACCGCUCAAAAAACCCACCUUCCCCGUUUUCGAUCUUCAUCGCAAACGGAGAAGCUUCUCUAGGGUUUCACAGCCAUGUCCAGGAGGGUUCUCUGUAAGUUCUUCGCACAUGGAGCGUGUUUCAAAGGCGACUAUUGUGAGUUUUCUCAUGAAUGGAAGGCUCCGCCAAACAAUAUAUGCACCUUUUACCAGAAAGGUGUUUGCUCUUAUGGAAGCAGAUGCAGAUACGACCAUGUUAAAGUUUUCCGAACCUCCUCUGUUCCAUCUCCAUCUGCAGAUUCUGAAAAUUAUUUGGUUUGUAGCCAUCCCACUGCCUUAGGGACUGCUUUUGAGCUUUCGGCUUCAAGUAAACCAUUCUUUCCUCCAUCUAUACCCGCGACAUGGAGUAAAAAAGAUGAUUUCGACAGAACUCGUUCUGAUAUUCCAAUCUGUUCAUUUGCUGCUGCUGGUUGUUGUCCUCGUGGGGAGAAAUGCCCUCAUGUUCAUGGAGAUCUAUGUUCAACAUGCGAAAAGCAUUGCUUGCAUCCAUUUAGACCAGAGGAAAGCGAGGAGCAUACACGAACCUGUGAGAAGAGGCAAAAGCAAUUGGAGGCACUAAAACACAGUGAGGAAAUAGAAUGCAGCGUGUGUCUUGAACGAGUUCUGUCUAAAGCAGCAGUUGGGGAAAGGAAAUUUGGGUUGUUGUCGGAAUGUGAUCAUCCUUUUUGUAUAUCGUGCAUUAGGAAUUGGCGGGGUAGUUCACCUUCGUCUGGAAUGGAUCUGAAUACUGCUUUGAGAGCCUGCCCUAUUUGCAGGAAAUUAUCAUACUUUGUCAUUCCUAGUGUGAUAUGGUAUUCUUCAAAGGAGGAAAAACAGGAAAUUGUUGAUACUUAUAAGGCUAAACUCAGGUCUAUAGAUUGCAAACACUUUGACUUUGGAAAUGGGACUUGCCCCUUUGGAACAAGCUGCUUUUACAGGCAUGCAUAUCGUGAUGGUCGUUUGGAAGAAGUAGUUGUUCGACAUCUUGGGGAUGAAGAUGGUUACACAGUGAUUGCGAAAAACACCAGGCUCUCAGAUUUCCUCAGUAAUUUGAAUAUAAGAUGAAUAAUUACAUGGAGAGCUUACAAGGUAAUAAUUGGCAUGGAUGAUGGGAUCCAAAUCAUGUUGGGGAGAGUUAUGAGAAAUAAAAAUUUAAAAAAUAAAAAAUAAAAAAAAGGUUUUUAUAUUGUUGUUCAAUACAAUAAUACUUAAAAAAGAAAAUAGAAAUUGGAGAUUUAGAGAAAGAAUGGGUAUUUUUAGGAGUGGAUAUUAUUGUGGAUUAGAAUAAAAAAAAAAGGGUGCUUAACAUUUUGUUGUGUUAAUUUUUCUGCUAGACAGAGAGAGCAGUAAUAGUACUACUUACUGUUGAUGUACAUAAAUAUAUAUAUUUAGAUAUAUUCCCCCACCACCCCCUCCUCCUUCCCAUUUUAAAUACUUUGAUUUUGUGGAUAUCCUCCCUCAUUAAAUAUGUAAAUAUUGUUUUUUUUAUUGUUCAUUCUUUUAUGGGAAUGUUGCUCUUUUCUUAAA